AUGGCAGCCACAUCUGCAUUUACGGUUUUUGCGGAUUUUACUGAAAAAAAUUCAAAUAACCAAGAAAACUGGCAGGACGCAAACGCUGCACUUCUUGAACUUGAUAAAGGUCUAAGAUCAGGCAAAGCAGGAGAACAGUGUGAAUCAAUAGUUCGAUUUCCCAAUCUUUUUGAGAAAUAUCCCUUUCCAAUCCUGAUAAAUUCUGCAUCACUUAAACUAGCUGAAGUCUUUCGCACUGGCAAUAACUUUAUGAGAUUAUGCAUUUUAAAAGUUGCCCAGAGAAGUGAAAAACAUCUGGAUAAAAUUUUGAAUGUGGAUGAAUUUUUGAGAAGAAUUUAUUCAGUCAUUCAUUCUAAUGAUCCUGUGGCUAGGGCCAUGACAAUUAGACUUCUUGGGAGCAUUUCACCAAUUAUUGCUGAGAGAAAAAAUGCUCACCAUAGCAUUAGAACUGGUUUGGACUCACAUGAUCAAGUUGAGCUUGAAGCAGCCAUUUUUGCUACUGGACAGUUUUGUGCACAAUCGAGUGAUUUUGCUUCAGGAGUACUAAACAAACUUGCCACAAUGAUUGAAGGUUUGACGACACCAAUAGAAAUGAAAUUAAAACUUGUUCCUAUAUUUGGUCACAUGCUGCAUGAUCUACACAUGGCAUCCAAGGCUAGAAGUGUUUGUCUUGAGCUUCUCAAGUCAUAUUCAGCUUGUAAAUUUGUGGUUACAAUUCUCCAUACUUUAUCUUGUUUGGCUGCAAAAAGUGUGAGCUGCAUUACAGAUCAGAUUGAGCUGCUUCUAUUGUACCUAAAAGAUGAUCCCCGUAGGAAUAUCAAAUAUCAAACACUAAAUGACCUCAAGAUGUUGGCAAAAGAAGCGUCCCAUAUGUGGGGAAGGAGUCAUAUUGAGGAACUGUGUCAUUUCUUACUGAAGUGUAACUAUGAUGACUUAAAGCUUGGUGGUUUAAUGACACUAGUGACUCUAUCAACAACAUUAGCUGUAGAUCAAUUUGAUAAGGAUCUUAUUCUUCAGGUUUGUUCUCUGGAAUCCAGCUCCUCCAACUUGAUUGUAUCUGCUGUCAGUUGUCAACUACAAAUAAACAUUGCAGUAGCUCAAGUCAAACAAAGUGAUACUACACUAUGUAAACAGGCUGCGUUGGCAGUUGAAGGAACCUGUGUCAUCUGUUGUAUGGAGGGUCAAGUUCAACCACUUAAGAUUUGUUUGGCAUCAAUGAAUCAGCUUGUUGAUUCACAUCCAGAGUCCUGCACCCCCCUGGCAGACUGCCUUGUGGCAUUGCUACCAACAGUUCAAGAGUCUGUGGCAAUAGAGAUGUGUCAUGCUUUAGUCACCAUGGCAACUCAAGUCCCUUCAGCCCUUAUACACUUAAGAUGCGAAUUGAUUGAUUUCUUUAAAUCUGAAGUAGAACAAGAAAGUAGUAUUGUACUUGAUGUGGAAAUGAGGCAGGCUAGUAGUAACUUACUGGUUCCAGCGUUGACACUGAUAUUUCAAGCUCACUCCUGUCUACCUGAGGAAAAUAGGAAUGAAAUCAAAACAGAUAUAGAAACUUUGAUACUUGAAGAGUUGGAAAAACUCACAUUACCAUGUAAAUAUUGGCUGAUUUAUAGGACAGCAAGGCAAGCAACAAGACAGGGAUUUCACUGUCUGGCAUCUAAGCUUUUUGACAGUUUAUCAACAAAGGUUGCAUCAGAGCAUUUCUACUUUUGGCUAAAUGCUCUCAAGUGUUUUUGUGAAGCAGAAAGUACUCUAAACAAACCAUUCCAGACAAAUCGUGAUCUUGCUGAGAGUAUUGCUAGUGCAAGCAGCCAAUAUUAUAAAGGACUUGUAUCACUCAAGGCAGCAGUAACUCCUUCCAGUCAAUUAACAUUUCAAAUUACCUAUGCCAAGCUUAGAGCUGACCUAUUACAAGCACAUAGCUUACUGUUUGCAGCCUGUGCAAGCAUGAAAUCAUGCCCACCGCCUGCCAUUGCAACUGCUGUUGCCAUGACUACUGGACAGGAUGUACACAACUUAAGCCAUUUUGCUACACAGAUCUCUCAAGUCUGUCAAGUUUUCCGUCAACUAGGGGAGAAGUACAGCAAAUUAUUUCAGUCUUCUUUUGAUGCUGACCCUGUGAGUCUGGAAAAUGUUGAAAUUUUACAGCAAAGUUGUUUUCUUGUUUCUCACUGCAUCAAUUUACUGACUAAAACAAUGCAAGAAAGUGGCUUUUCUGAAAUCACUGAUGCAGAGAAAAUAAAGGGGAGUGAUUCUCCCCUCUCACAAGCUUGUAAACAGUUGUACAAUUAUAUUAAGGAAUAUACUUUGGAGCUUCAGUCAGUGCCAGUUUGUCAUUUGCAAACUGAAUACCUGCGUAGAGUAUCACUGACACUUCUACAUGUACCUUUUAUCUUCCCAAAAUACUUCUUUCAAAGCAGACAGCAAACAAUUAUCAAGUUGGCUCUGUCUCCCACUCCUCGAUCCAGCACUGAGCAAAUUUCUGUUCUGACAGAAACACAAUUUGCUCUCAAAGUUGAAGGUAUUAUUGAACAUCUUGGUGUUAAACCAGGCCUUUAUCGGUCAAUCAAGGCUGUGAGUUUGCAUGUGUCAUGGGCACCAGAUGAGCGAAAGCAAACCCAGGCAAUACAAGAUAUAAAGAUGCAUAAACCUAUAACAAGUCUCGAACAAACUGUCAGUCCUCAUCACGACUACUUUAGUGCCCAGUUUCUACUGUCUUUUACAACACCAGCUACUUAUGUUGUUAUGGUAACAACUAGUGUGGUAGAUGACACAGGUGCACUCUGGGAAACUGGUCCAGUGAGUUCACUACAAGUGAAGGCAGUUGAAGGAAACAAUAGACUCAGUGCAGGCUCCUCAAGAAUGUAGAACUAUUCCCAACAGUUUGUAUAUAGUUUUAUAGGUUGUAUAAAAUAAAGUCAAAUUCAAAAUUGUGA